AUGGGGAAGCAUCGUUCUCCGGUAGAUGGACAGCCCCUUCUAAUGUCUGCCGUUGGGAAGCCUCACCCACCCUCACCCACCCUCAGCCACCAUCACAUACCAUCACCCACCCUCAGCCACCAUCACCCACCAUCCCCCACCCUCAGCCACCCUCACUCACCCUCACUCACCCUCACCCACCCUCACCCACCCUCAGCCACCCUCACCCACCCACCUCACCCACCCUCACCCACCCACAGCCACCUCAGCCAAACUCAGCCACCAUCCCCACCCUCAGCCACCAUCACCCACCACCCCCCACCCUCAGCCACCAUCACCCACCAUCCCCCACCCUCAGCCACCAUCACCCACCCUCAGCCACCCUCAGCCACCCUCACCCACCCAGCCACCCUCAGCCACCAUCACCCACAAUUCCCCACCUCAGCCACCCUCAGCCACACUCACCCACCCUCAGCCACCAUCACCCACAAUCCCCCACCCUCAGCCACCAUCACCCACCAUCACCCACCCACAGCCACCCUCAGCCACCAUCCCCACCCUCAGCCACCAUCACCCACCAUCUCCCACCCUCAGCCAUCAUCACCCACCAUCACUCAACAUCCCCCACCCUCAGCCACCAUCACCCACCUUCAGCCACCCUCACCCACCCUCAGCCACCAUCACCCACCAUCACCCACCCUCAGCCACCAUCACCCACCAUCCCCCACCCUCAGCCACCAUCACACACCCUCAGCCACCAUCCCCCACCCCCCACCCUCAGCCACCAUCACCCACCAUCACCCACCCUCAGCCACACUCACCCAUCAUCACCCACCCUCAGCCACCAUCCCCCACCAUCCCCCACCCUCAGCCACCAUCACCCACCAACCCCCAACCUCAGCCACCAUCCCCCAUCCUCACCCACCCUCAGCCACCCUCACCCACCAUCCCCCACCCUCAGCCACCAUCAGCCACCAUCCCCCACCCUCAGCCACCAUCACCCACCAUCCCCCACCCUCACCCACCCUCAGCCACCAUCACCCACCAACCCCCACCUCAGCCACCCUCAGCCACCCUCACCCACCAUCACCCACCAUCCCCACCAUCAGCCACCAUCCCCCACCCUCAGCCACCCUCACCCACCAUCACCCACCAUCCCCACCAUCAGCCACCCUCAGCCACCCUCACCCACCAUCACCCACCAUCCCCACCAUCAGCCACCUCAGCCACCCUCACCCACCAGCAGCCACCAUCCCCACCAUCAGCCACCAUCCCCACCUCAGCCACCCUCAGCCACCAUCACCCACCAUCCCCACCAUCAGCCACCAUCCCCCACCCUCACCCACCAUCAGCCACCAUCCCCCACCCUCAGCCACCAUCAGCCACUAUCCCCCACCAUCCCCCCCCUCACCCACCAUCAGCCACCAUCCCCACCCUCAGCCACCAUCAGCCACCAUCCCCCACCCUCAGCCACCAUCAGCCACCAUCCCCCCACCAGCAGCCACCAUCCCCCACCAUCAGCCACCAUCCCCCCACCCUCAGCCACCAUCCCCCACCAUCAGCCACCAUCCCCCACCAUCAGCCACCAUCCCCCACCCACAGCCACCAUCCCCCACCCUCAGCCACCAUCCCCCACCCUCAGCCACCAUCCCCCACCUCAGCCACCAUCCCCCACCAUCAGCCACCAUCCCCCACCAUCAGCCACCAUCCCCCACCAUCAGCCACCAUCCCCCACCCUCAGCCACCAUCCCCCACCAUCAGCCACCAUCCCCCACCAUCAGCCACCAUCCCCCACCCUCAGCCACCAUCCCCCACCAUCAGCCACCAUCCCCCACCCUCAGCCACCAUCAGCCACCAUCCCCCACCCUCAGCCACCAUCCCCCACCCUCAGCCACCAUCCCCCACCCUCAGCCACCAUCCCCCACCAUCAGCCACCAUCCCCCACCCUCAGCCACCAUCAGCCACCAUCCCCCACCAUCAGCCACCAUCCCCCACCCUCAGCCACCAUCCCCCACCCUCAGCCACCAUCCCCCACCCUCAGCCACCAUCCCCCACCCUCAGCCACCAUCCCCCACCAUCAGCCACCAUCCCCCACAUCAGCCACCAUCCCCCCCACCCUCAGCCACCAUCCCCCACCCUCAGCCACCAUCCCCCACCCUCAGCCACCAUCCCCCACCCUCAGCCACCAUAACACCACCAUCAGCCACCAUCCCCCACCAUCAGCCACCAUCACCCACCAUCACCCACCAUCCUGCACCCUCAGCCACCAUCCCCCCACCCUUACCAACCAUCCUGCACCCUCAGCCACCAUCCCCCCACCAUCAGCCACCAUCAGCCCCGCUGCCCACAAAUGAGAGUCGUGCGCACAUGUCAUAA